UCUGUUGUUGUUUGCUAGCAGUUCCCGGUGACAAACGAAAAGCGUAACUUGUUGACUUAUUGGUGAGUUUUUUAGUUUAAAAAAACGACCCGAAACAUGUUUUUUGUAUUUUUAAACUAAAAAGCCAUGGCUGUUCCAUAAAAGUCGUUUUGAGCAGCAUUUAGCUCGACUCCGCUGAAGAUGAAUGCGCUGGUAGCUCUGUGUCACUUCUGUGAGCUCCAUGGCCCCCGGACCCUCUUCUGCACAGAAGCCCUGCAUCCCCCAUCCCCAGACCCGUCCUCCCAGACUGGUACCCCGGUGCCAGGAGACAGAGAUAGAGAUGGGGACCGUGAGGGUGAAGGUCUCACCAUGAGGGCCAACAGCUCUACUACACCUAGAGGAGAGAUGUGUGAGGGAUGCAGAUCUCUGCCUGCAUCUCACCCUGGCUUUGUGAGCUUCGAUGAUGAAACAGGAAUUCGAUUUCUGAGCCAUCAGCAUCCCAGGCAGCCGCAGCUUUUUAGCAUGGUGCGCCAAGCCUGUGUACGCAGCCUCAGCUGUGAGGUGUGUCCUGGACGUGAAGGACCGAUAUUUUUUGGAGACGAGCAACAGGGGUUUGUGUUUUCGCACACCUUUUUUAUUAAAGACAGCCUGGCCAGAGGAUUCCAGCGUUGGUACAGCAUCGUUAUUGUAGCCAUGGACAGGAUCUACCUCAUCAAUUCUUGGCCUUUCCUGUUACGUCACCUAAAGCUCACCAUACACAGCCUGCAGAGCACAGCUCUAAAAGUAUUUGACAGUGAGCAGGGGGUUUGCCCUCAUCGAGCCAUGCGGAUCAACAAUGCAUUUUCCCCCGCAGUCUUUCCACACCAAAGAAGUGGGAACGCCGCCCGAUCACUGACCUCUCUCACACAGCAUCCCAAUCUCUGGGCCAGCCUGCACUCUUCUUUUAGCUGGUUGCUAAAAGCCUGUGGGAGCCGACUGACGGAGAAGCUUCUUGAAGGUGCCCCCACAGAGGACACACUGGUGCUUAUAGAAAGACGAACAGAGCAAGAAGAAAUGAGCUGCUGGGAGGGAGCAGAAGGAGGUGGAUCCGAGUCGCAGCUUUACCACUCGGCAAGCCAGCUGGGCCUCGACUUCCUGUGUGACGAUUCAAAGCUAGAGCAGCUACCUGGUCCAAAGUUUAGGUCACUUAGGCAUUUAAGACAGGUUUUAGGGGCGGCUGACUUUCGACAGCUAGCGUGGCAUGUGCUCAUGGGAAAUCAGGUCAUUUGGAGAGGAGCAGACCCUGUGCUCAUCCAGUCAGCCUUUACUGUCCUAAAGACGUUGCUGCCAGUCGGCUGUGUGCGCUCGGUGGCGUACAGCGAUCGGUAUGAGGAGGCCUACAAAUGCAACUUCCUGGGUCUCAGCCCCGAUGUUCCCAUUCCAGCACACGUCAGCUCCUCAGAGUUUUCUGUGCUGGUGGACGUGACCUCAGAGAGGAGCCAUGCCACGUCUGCUGCAGGCGAAGAUGACAUCUCCGCUUUCAAUCACUUCAGCAUCAGCAGUGCCAGCACACAGCCAACAGACAGAGGUCCAACUUUAUUAAACAAGCUGGAGGCCGCCCUGUCAAACGAGAACUUGUCUGUGGACGUCGUGUCUCACUGCCUGCUUUGUUUGAAGGAGGAGUGGAUGAAUAAGGUCAAAGUGCUGUUCAAGUUCUCCAAAGUGGACGGCCGAGGGAGGGAGGACACCCAGAGGGUUCUGGCUGUUCUCGGCGCCACGGGGCCCGGCGAGGAGGAGAACGUCAGACUGCUCAAGUACUGGAUGACAGGACUCAGUAAACUCUACAAGAGCCAUUUAAUGACAGCAGUACGAGGAGGGGAGAGGAGCCUCAGCCAGUGACAAAGAGAGGAGGAGGAGGAGCCGGUGAAGGGGCGAAAAACGGGGAGCUCAGAAAAAAAAGGAAAAGUGAAAGCAACAUCUAAAUGCUAAACGAAGCAUGCAUAAGUCUUUUCUUUGUUACUGUUCAGCACCUUUAGCUGGAAUGAAAGGGAACUAGAGGACUGUGAAUGAAGGAAUUUGCUCAUCUAUUGUCUUUUUAAGGAAUAAAUCUAUUGUGCUCACUCUGCACACAUUACCAUGCUGAGGAAUUUUAAAUAAUAUAUAAGCAUUUUUUUGUAUCACAGGGAAUUUCUUAAUGCAAAAUGUAACUUAUUACUACAGCAAUUUGCACUUCUGUGUAGUCAUUCUGACAUUUUCAGCUGAAAUAAAUCAUCACAUGGUGAGUGGGUGUAACUCCA